CUCUCACUCGCCGUAGAUGAGUUUGUGCGCAUGCGCCUUUCAGCUUCGCUCCGGAGGCCAUGGCGUCCUCCUUGCCCGUGUGCAGGUUGUCUGUUUGGGGCAGAGCCAGCCUGUUGAGAUGCUCACGGAGGACCGACACGGUUAUCCACAGACGAGUUGGAACUAACACUACUGCUGCACGGACGGAGUCAGCUCGAAGAGACGAAAACGUUCUGACAGAAGAAACGAAUGGUCGGAAGUGUUUGCACACUCUCCUGGUGGAGAGACAAGAGCAGGCGGAGCGCUCCGUCCUCAUCAGCUGCCAGUCCGGGACCAGCGAGAAGAAGCUCUUCAAGUUUUUAUCUAAACACGGCGACGUAGAAAAAUACUUCUUUUAUGAAAGUUAUGGCAUGAACGCCGUUGUAGAGUUUGCCAGCCGGGACGGCGUUGCCUCUCUACUGGAGACGGCCACCAUCCCUGCAGUCAACCACGAAUCACUGGUGCCUUUCAAAUCCAGACUGCUGUCUCUCCGAAACCUCAGCUCUGUGGACGCCAAUCCUCCGUCAGGACUUCAGUUCCAGCCUCAAAGCACAGUUCCCACCAAUGAGCUCAUCCAGAGGCUGUCCCAAGAGGAGAGUAUAGACCAGCAGAUAAUCUCCCUGACUGAACAAUAUCAGAUCACAGAUGAGAACAGCAGGCUGCGGUUCCUCGUCUGCUCUCUGCUCAAGGAUGUUGCUGCUGCUUAUUUCCCAGAAUGCACCAUCAAACCUUUUGGCUCGUCGGUAAACGGCUUUGGAAAGCUGGGCUGCGACCUGGACAUGUUCCUCGACCUGGACAGCAUCAGCGGGUGGAACGUGAAGAUGCCGAAAUCGGGGCUUUUCACGGAGUACCAGAUGAAGCGCGCCAGCUCUGAGCGGGCCGUCACCCAGAGCGUCCUGUCUGUCAUCGGGGAGUGCUUAGACCACUUUGGACCCGGAUGUGUCGGGGUGCAGAAGAUUCUGAACGCUCGCUGUCCUCUGCUGCGCUUCGUUCACCAGCCGUCUGGUUUCCAGUGCGACCUCACAGCCAACAACAGGGUGGCGAUGAAGAGCACAGAGCUGCUGUACUUGUAUGGAGAGCUGGAUCCGCGAGUGCGCCGCCUGGUGUUCACCGUGCGCUGCUGGGCCAGGGCUCAUGGCAUCACCAGCAGCAUCCCCGGCGCCUGGAUCUCCAACUUCUCCCUCACCGUCAUGGUGCUGUUCUUCCUGCAGAAGAGGAACCCCCCCAUCAUCCCCACACUGGACCAGCUACGAGAUCUCGCAGGUCCCGCAGACAAGAGCGUGAUUGAGGGCAACGACUGCACGUUUGUCAGCGAUUUCACCAAGAUCCAGCUCCGGAGGAACACGGAGGCUCUGGAGCACCUGCUGUACGAGUUCUUCGAGUUCUACGCCACGUUUCCUUUUAGCAGGAUGUCCGUGGACAUCAGGAAGGGCAAGGAGCAGAACAAACCCGAAGUGGCUCCGCUGCACAUCCAGAACCCGUUUGAGACGGCGCUGAACGUCAGCAAGAACGUCAACGCCACCCAGCUGGAGCGCUUCGUGGCACUGUGUCAGGAAAGCUCCUGGCUGCUCCAGCAGAACGAAACCAACACACCCAAAGGGGGCGGGGCAGGCAAGGUUCACACCCCGUGGGGGCUUUCCACCUUGCUGCUGCCUUCACAGGUCGCGGGCAUCAAAAGUCGCAAGAGGAGGAAGCGGGAGCCGGCCAGCGAGAGGAUCAAGAGUUUGUUGGACUCUUUGAAGAAUCCAAGUCCAAAGAAGUCCAGCUGAGGACUCAAAAACUCAGAGGUUCAAGUCUUACGGCAGAGAAGAAGCUGCAACUCUAUCGCUCUACAGUUCCAAACAUGGACACUUGAGGGUGCCAGCGAUGCUUUCCUAUUCCUGUGCUGCUUCACGACUGAACUUGCAGCAUCAGUCACUGUAGACGGGCUCCUCUGUGAUUAUUAUUUAAUGAAGUCUCGUGGACGAUUCUGGGUUAGAUCUUUACAUUUGAAACACGGGAUGCUCUCAGCAUCAGAACACAAACAGAUAUUUACACCAUUAUUCAGAUCUUUUUUAAGAUUAACUGACUGUAAACACUCCAUAUGGAGCCUUAGAAUACAAAACAUUGUUUGUGUCUGGUUGAAAAAAAGUAUUUUUUAAUAAGGAUCCAAAGUCGAUCUUCUGAAUCAAUUAAUCUUCUUUUCCAUCUCUCCAUAACCAUUUCAGGGGGUUUAAUUCUGUUUUUUUUAAGUCAAAGGUAUUUUUUCUUAUAUCUGGUUAAUCCUCCAGGUUAAGCUAUAAUGGUUGAGCUUAAUGAAAACAUUCAGUUUUAUACAGAUAUUGCCCAGAGGCCAGUUUCAAACACAAAUUCACGUUUAUUUGCUUAGAACUGUGAACACACCAAAAUCAUGGAAGAUGAGAAAUAAUCACGGGGUAUUUUAGGCUGAAAACAUAAACAGAAAUGAGACAAAAAUUAUUUCUGAAAAAUGUAUCAAGUAACAUAAACAUUUAGGAAUCAAAAUUAGCCUCUGAGGUAUAUAAUAUGACACUGCAGUUUUACAUGCUCAGCAAACCCACACCAUGAUACUGUCACCUCAGUGCAGCCGAGACAGUUUUCUGAGCUGUUGGGAUUUUCUAUUCAUUUUUCAAGGUUGUGCCGUGAUUUUUUUUGUCCAAACAUCUGUUUUAAUCAAAGCUGAAUCAUUAAUUCCAGCCACGGUGUGCACUGUGGAGACAUUCAGAGAGGAGGGAGGGAGGGGGUAGGGGUGCACAAUUAGUUGAAGAAUCGAACAAGACCAAAAAAGCUAAAUGAUGCGAGAACAAAAAAAAAAGCCAGAUAGCAACUACAAAAGCUGCCAAGUCAGGCUUAAAAAUGCCGAAAAGGCCGUAGAUGAUGCAGUUGCCAGGCAGAAUACUGAACUCUCUAUCAAUCAAAACGGCCUGUCUCAGUUCUUCAGUAGGAAUUAUGAUUUUAUAAAGACCUUUCUGAAGCUGAGUUCAAGUCAAUGUUUGAACAAUAUUUUCUGGUGAAGGACGUCCUGCAGUUCUUAGCUCCCACAAUCACUAUUUUUUUUACUUAAAUGAGGAACAAACCCACUCCAAAAACCACAGAAAACCAAGCGUACCUGCAGGAAUGUCUUAUAGGUGCUGAACAUGUGGCUGAAAAACUGACAAACGGGAAGACUGCAAAAGGAGGUCGCUUAAAAUAGGAAAAGAACACAAGCAUUCAAAAAGGGAAAAUAUGCUAAAAAAGGUAAAUGUUACUUUAAAAUUUUGUUUUUCAGCCCAAGAAUAACUUUUUUUCUUGCUACUUCUAUGCCAUCGAUUGGUAUUUUUUUGAGUUUUUAUGUAUUUUGGUGUACUUCCUUAUAACAGGGACAAAAAAACAAGUGUGAUAAGAGGAAAUUACUCAUUUAAGAACACAAUGAGAAUAUAAUCUGUAGAACAAGUUCACCCAUCUUGAUAAAUCCUCAUAUAUGUAAUCUAAAACUAGCACUUAUUUUAGAACAUAAAUCUUGAUUUGGAAACCUAAAGUGUUCAAAACAGAGAUUUAACAUGUCUUCUCCCUUCUGCUAAACAUUUCUUAAAUUAAGCAGCUUGAUUCUCAGGAAACUGCAGCAAAAUGACUUUGACUCAUUUUCAUAAUCAUUUCCUUCUCUCUUAAUAAGAGAACAAACUCUUGACUGUGGUGAUUUUGAGAAAAGCAUGGAAAGGUGUAGAGCCAAGAUAAGUUGAAACAACGUAAAACCCGGUGAUGUUGAAUGUCUAAAAACAAGGUUUUAAAUCUUUGCAAGUAUCAAAUGGUUAGCAGUGGAGGUUUCAGGUGCAGAAACAUGAAGGGAAGCAGCAUCUCAGGAGAGUGAAUGAUGGUGCGUCCGCCUCGGGGCUCUCUGCACACAUAAACCUAAACUGUAGUAAAACUGAAGAUGAAAUAGAUGUUGGUUAAAGUUUAAAGCAGCAAAUGAUCAAUAGGCUUAACGCCGCCUGCGUGCGUUACAUUUAUAUGGAGUUAAACAGCACAUCAGCAGUUUGCUGGAGCGCAGUCAGCAGCUCUGAGCUGGAGUCGAUCGAAUGGAUUGACCCCUGAGAGAAAAGCAAAAAAAAAAAACAACUCACACUUAAGAAAACAAGCGUCUUUUUGGGUUUAGCAGAGUACAUCUUUACGUAACAUCAGACAGGAUAUAGGUUCUCCUCCUAUGAGACUGCCUGUUUGCAUGUGUCUGUUUCAGGCCUCGGAGACGACGCUGCAGAGGUUGGGCCCCACAGCUGUUUUUCCACUCAUUUCAAUGGGAGGUCAAAGGGAAGUGACAGGACGGACUUUUAACUACCUCCCCUUCCCUUCCGGCCGGCACUCCGGCGAGGAACAGGAGGAGGAGAGCACUCCUGACUCCACUCACCGUCCUCUCCCUUCCAGCUCACAGUUCACUCAAAGAUGCGCCGCUCUGUUAUCUCUGUUCAGCUCACGGAGAUGCCGCCCUUCUUUGAGGUUUAUUUCCACGAGCCGGUCUCAGGCUGCCGGAUCUGCUCUGGUGGAGCAGCGGAGCGGUUAUGAAAUGUGGUGGUGGUGGAAGGGGCUCUGGGCGGGGAAGAUCCUCACCUCGGGGGAAUCUGAUGAAAUGUGACCGCUGGGUGUUCUGGGUUUAAUUUGCACGCAGAUGCAUGUCAGCGCUGCGGAUCUGCUGAUGUUUAGGUGGUGGUUUUGAAUCUGCACUGCUAGGUUUUUCUGUUUUACAGAACCUCCUCCAUGCAUCCAGUGGUUUGGGAGGUAAUUACAGGAAUGCAUAAAAAUUACAGCCACAAAGGUUACUAUAGGUCACAGUUUGGGUUUAAAAUAAUCUUUUUUUAAGGCCUCUGCAAAAUCAAGGUCUCUCUUUCAUUUGGUGCACAUUUUCUGUAGAAAGAAUGUAAAAAGGUGGCUUGAAGUUUUGGGAAAACAUGCAAAAUAUUCCAGGAAACUCUGUGAAAGAAGGGAAAUUUCGCUGCUUUUGAAGAUAAUUACCACCCAAAGUCUUGAGCUGCUGCCCCCCCCCCCCCUCUUU